GUCUGAUCUGUCUAAGGUCACUUCAUUAUCAUUGCAUAAAAAUUUCUAAGGAAGAGUGUGGAAGAAGAGGAAGAACGAACACUGAAGGUUAUAUAAUUGAUUGGUGCGUUUAAUUCUUUUUACUUCUCUACCACUGUUUGUGCCAUCUUUAACAGUGACAUAAUGUCAGCAGUUCCUGAGGUGAAAAUAGAAACACCAGAGGCUAUCUGUAGUGUUAUCAUCACUGAUACUACUGAUACUACCACUACUACUAUGACUACCACUACUGCUACUGUUACUACAGCAACUACUAUUACUACAGCUACUACUACUGCUACUAUUACAACUGCUUCUGGCAUGAAGGAAGAAAAGAAAGAUAGUGCUGAAAAUCCUAUUUCUUCAUGCAUAGUAAAGCAGGAGGAUUCAGAAAAUAGAAAAUUGCAUUCUGAUUUUGCUAUAAACUCGGCAACAACUCCAGCUACCGAGAAAUCAUCAUUGGUAGCAACUGAAGAAAAAGCAAAUUUGUUGCAGUCUUCUAGCAGUGAUGCAGUUGCAGACAAGGGUGCUUUUACAGAUAAUGCAAAUAUUGAUAGGCCUGAAAUUGCUAAAUCCUUGAAAACUGAUGAUACCACUGCAGGUGUUACAGCUAAUGAAGUCAUUGAUUUACAAAAUUCUGCUAACAAUUUUGAACAAAAUAAAAUGAAUUGUAAAAUGCCUGAUUCAACUGAGCCCAAUCUUAACAUUAUUUCUGAUCAAACUUUAAAACCUGAAACUGUAAUACCUACUGGCUUGAUGGUUUCUGAAAAUCGAAUUAAUAACACUGCUGCUAUUGUAGAACCAUCUGAUGCUGUUUUUGUAUCAUCUGGUGAGAAAAAAGAAAAAAACGAUCUCAAGGAUGGAGGAGUUACAGAGACAGGCGAAGGUAUAGAGAAGGAUAAUUUGGAAAAGGAUUAUAAAGCAAAAGAGGAAUCCACCUCUCUGGAUGAUAAAGAAGCAAGUAGUGAUGAAGUGGAUCACUUUGUCGAUGCCAAAUCGUCAACUCAGAUCGAUGGUGCUUCAGGUGAUGAUACUGUUGAAAAUAGCGAAGAAAUAAAGGAACAGACGGAGGAAAUUCAGGAUGAAGAUGGAUAUGAAUAUGAUGACGAGGAGCAAGAAGCAGAACCAGAUGAUGAUGAAGUUGAGGGCAACCCAGCAUUCAUUCCAAAAUCUGGACGUUACUAUAUGCACGAUUCAAGAAAUACGGAUGAAGAGCGUAUGCCAGAACCGUCGUCACAUUCUCGGGCAGAUGGAAAGUGGAAGCAUGAUCGUUUCGAUGAGCGUUCACAAGGACCGAAAACUAAACGAGAACUAAUGAAUAGAUAUGGUUAUGACAUACGUAAUGAGGGCAAAAAUAGUGGUGGUGGUGGUAGCAUGAAUGCUUCCGCACCACAUUCCAGUCAAACUCGAGGUACAACGAGAGGUAGUAACAGUGGUGGUAAUAAAUAUGGAAAUCGAGGUAGACAUUCAAAUCGAGCACUACCACAUCAUCCACAACACCAACCAGAUGACAGAAGGGAUCAUAGGAGACCAGUGCAGAACAGUGGGGCAGGGAAACCGGCGAAUCGAGGUGGUCGUAAGGGUGAGAAUCAUCACAAUAUAAACUAUCAGCGAGAUCAACAUGGAACUAGAGUUUUCAAGAAUUCACCCAUGAACGCCCAGAAAGGUCCUAUAAAUCGUACAGAUAAUCAUCGAUCGUAUGACCGAAAUGAAGAAUAUAUGCAUGACAAUCGACAAAAUGGUGGAAGAAAUAGAGGACGAGGAGGCACUGGAUUUAGCAGCGGUGAUGCAUCGACGGCACAUAGUAAAGGCAGUGGUGCACAUACUGGUGGAAAACGUUAUUCAACCCAACGUUUGGCCACAAAUUAUGUACCUAACAUACAACAACCCCCACCACCGCAACCUCAACCACCGCAACCACCACCACCACCACUUCAGUCGCCACCAACAACAGGUCCUAUACCAAUUCCGCCGCCUGAUUGGCGUCCACCAGCUUACCAAGCUCCACCGCCACCAUCCACUGUGCCACCACCACCACCACCGCCUAUUGCAAUACCGGCCCCGGUAUCUAAUUUCCGCCCCAGUGAUAUCGUCUAUUUUGACCCACAACCCCAACAACUGUACCGUAAUCCAAUCCCACCACGAACCAAGAAGCGACUUGAAAUUGUACCACCAUAUCAGGCCAAGAAUUCGAAUUAAUUUUACAUUUAUUCGUAAUAAAAUCCUUCUAAAACGUUGAAAGUAGAAAUAAUAAAAAUAAGUCACAAUGAAACUCCUUUUUUCUCGUCAAAAAAUUUUGCAUAUUUCAUC